AGUGGUAAACAAACGCAUGUUAUUGACCUACUUUCAUUCUCAAUCUGUCAGUGACAGCAUAAUGUGGGUGUUUGGAUACGGUUCUCUUAUUUGGAAAGUGGAUUUUCCUUUUAAACGGAAGAUAACUGGAUUCAUUAAAGGCUACCAGAGAAGAUUCUGGCAGGGCAGUACGGAUCAUCGAGGUGUACCAGGAAAUCCUGGUCGGGUGGUCACACUGGUGCCAGCAACGGAUGAGGAUCGGGUGUACGGCGUCGCCUAUGAAAUUCACCAAGAAGAUGCAGAAAAUGUUCGAAAACAUCUUGACCAUCGAGAAAAAGGUGGCUACACGCUAGUGAAUGUGACGUUCUUUGCGGACAAUCCAAAUGAAGGUCAAUUUGAUCUUGGAAUUUAUAUUGGGACGCAAGACAACCCGAAUUUCCUUGGUCCUGCGCCAUUGGAUGCUAUUGCAAACCAGAUAUUUCACUCGGUGGGACCGAGUGGCAAAAAUAUUGACUAUCUCCUGAAUCUUGCGCAUGCGCUUAGAACGACAAUGCCGGAAGUAGAUGACCCGCAUUUAUUUGAAUUGGAAAGACUGGUCAAUGAUUUGAAAAAUCGUAAUGAAUUUAAUAUAUGACACAAUUCUCUAUAAAACUUGUUGCAGAAUGAUAGCUCCGGUGAUCGUCUAAAAUAUUAUUUUCAAUCUUGCAGCGCACGAAAAUCAAUUUUGAAACAAAGCCUAUUUCAAAUAAACAGUUCGUGCACAUAUUAAAAUGGACUUGCGUAAAACGCAUAUCAAUUUUAUUUCAUCUCUCCAAAAUUUCAUAUAAAGUAUAUAUAAUAAGUACCAUGUUAAAAGUGUUUAAGACUGCAAGCACAUACAUAAUAUAUUAUAUUAAAUAACAAAAUGCGAAUUUCUUUUUUUCAAAUCUAGUUCACUUUUAGAUGUUCGUAUUUGUGCAUUAGAAAUAAAGUGCGUUUUAAAAACGA